ACCAUAAGUAAAUGCUCCUUAGGGCCUUCCGAACUCGUACAACCUCUUCGUUGCCGACGUCGGCCACGGUCUUCCAAUCAGGUAUCAGGCAACGGGUAUCAUCCCUAGUACACCAAAGCCCUUUGCUUUGUGAUACAGCGGCGUCAAUUCACUUGAGGGCGUCGUCCAGGACCGCAACCGCGCAACUGAGAGCUCACAGCACACGAACCACGCAACGUCAUCCCGGCAUGUACCCACCCAUCGAGCCGUACGAGACCGGAAAACUCAAGGUUUCCGACAUACAUACCCUCUAUUAUGAAGUGAGCGGGAACAGAGAAGGGACCCCCGUGGUGUUCCUGCAUGGCGGACCCGGAGGAGGUACUGAUCCCAAGGACCGAUCGUUCUUCGAUCCUACCAAAUACAAGAUCAUCCUCUUCGACCAGAGAGGAGCCGGAAAAUCCACUCCCACCGCGUCGCUUGAAGACAACACAACUUGGGAUCUUGUAAAGGACAUCGAGAAGAUCCGUGAGCACCUUGGGAUUUCCAAAUGGCACGUCUUCGGCGGCUCUUGGGGGUCCACACUGGCGCUAGCAUACGCAGAGACCCAUCCCGCCAAGGUCAAGUCUCUGGUGCUGCGCGGCAUUUUCACGCUACGUAAGAGCGAGUUGCGCUUCUUCUACCAAGAUGGCGCCUCCCAUCUCUUUCCUGAGGCCUGGGAAGAGUUCAUCGCUCCCAUUCCCGAGACAGAGCGCGGCGACCUCAUGCUUGCGUAUCACGCUCAGCUCAACUCGACCGACGACGAGACACGCCUGCGUGCUGCGCGUGCGUGGACAAAGUGGGAGUUCCAGACGUCAAAGCUAUAUGUCGACCCUGCUCAUGUCGCCGAGGCGGAGAAGGAUGAUUUUGCCAACGCGUUUGCAUCGAUCGAGAACCAUUACUUCGUUAACGAUGGGUUUAUGAGAGACGGCCAACUCCUGGAUAAGCAGGAGAUUGACAAGAUUCGCCAUAUUCCUUGCGUCAUCGUACAAGGUCGCUAUGACGUCGUAUGCCCGGCGACGACCGCGUUCGCUCUGAAGAAGGUUUGGCCCGAGGUGACGCUUCAUAUCGUACCAGACGCGGGCCACUCGUCGCGUGAGCCUGGCACUGCGAAGCUUCUCGUGAAGGCGACCGACGAAUUUGCGCACAUUUAAACGGAGAAGCGGCACGAAGCUAGAGCAUGACAUGACAAUUUCAUGCCGUCAUUGAAUCUGAGGCGCUGCUAUUGGUUAUGUCCGGCGUUGCGCUGCUGUACGAUAGUGUAGUUAACUGAUCCCCCGCAACUCCAUUGGGAACUAAAGCGUGAUAGGUGACGACGAGCCUUGCUUAUCUUGUGAGCCACCGGUCUGCCAGUAUAUAUCACGUCGCGCAGGAUUGGCCGGAGCUGUGCACCUCCCAUAUUCCCCUUUCUCCCAGACCUAUCGUCGAAGUAUGAUGGGCUUUGUACCGCAUGCCCCGUACUGUCCCGCUGCCACAGACCCAGAAGACCGUCGGAUAGGGAACAAAUACGGUCACCAGCCUCCGUCUGCCCAACAGCCUCCACGGCACUACGCAGCAGAAGGAUGAGGCGGGGGCUACAUAGCUAGUAGCCAAUCGAAGAGUACCAAAUCGGGAAGGGGCACCGACCGCGAGCACUGUGACGUACAUUCUGCUCGAGACACGCGGAGGCAUCGCGACUGCUGAAACGCCCGCCUGUCUGCUCCUCUCCCCAUUCAUCCUCUUGCGUCCUCAGGAUGACCAAGGCCGUGCCCGAUGUCGCGGAGAGCGACGCCCAGCCGCCAACAGCCGGGCAAAUGGAGAAGAUGCGCCGGUGCGACGAUCGAAGAGCGGGGCGCCGGUGAAGAGGAGGCGACGUUGUAUCGAACUGGCUGCAAUAGGGGCAUCUGUCCAAGGUGAGUCGUACGAUGUGGUGAUGUUUUCCAUUCAAAUGCGCAAACUUCUGCGACUGGAACGUGCUCCCAGAGGAGGCGACGGCCACGCCGGGGCGCCACUAGGCCUUCGAGACGCAUCCAGUGCCGCUCGAGCUG